UUCCCCACCCGUAGAAGAUGGUUGUCAGUGGGAUCCAGGUGUGAAAGGGAGAGUGGAGAUGUUGGUCUCUGAGUUGCUGCUCUGUCUGAACAGGAAGGGGGAAGCAGAGCAGAUCCCACUGCAGGCUGAGAACACCCUCACACAGGCUAGUGAGCAGGACAGAAACAGGGAGAGUGUGAUGUUACUGCUGACAGUGCAGCAGACUUUGGCUGAGCUCUAUGUGGAGACGGACCAGCACAGAAAGGCAGAGACAUACUGUAGAUCAGCUCUGAAGACCGCCCAGACUCUCACCACUACCUGCCUUGAGAAACAUGAGAGAAUCACUGUUGGAAAGGGUCAGUUGCUUUGUGUACUCUGCCAGCUGCUGUUUGCAGACGUCCGAACCAUCGAGGCCUCUCAGAUACUCAGUGACAUCAUCAAUAUGGGACACCACAAACUCCACCUGUGUGCUGACGCCACUGUAUCACUGCUCUGUGGGAUCCACAGACUCAGCCUGCAAAACCCACAUGGUUCUGAGAAGCACCUCCAGGUUGCCUUGAAAGACCAGGAGGCGCUGGUAUGGUUGAGAGCACCCUCUAGUGGUGGAGGUGGAGGAGUGCCUGGCAGACGUCUUGGCCAACACCUGCGCAGGGUUGAGGCAGAGGCUAGCAGUGGAGCUGUAUCGACACACGGUGCACGUCAAAGACCAGGACAUGAAGCUUUGUCCCCCACAUCGCCACGUCUUCAGGCGAAGGGAUGCAGCCUCGCACGCACCUUGGUCAAACUUGGCAGGCAGAUAUUUCAUGGCUCCGGUAAGACAGAGAAUAGAGAGGCUGUUGAACUGCUGCAGAGAGGUCUGGACCUGUACAUCUGCUUCCUGGGGUCUGAUCACACACUGACCAGAGACUUACAACAGGUUUUAAACACAGAAUCCAGGAGACCUCUGACCACUUGUGCCUUCAGGUUCAGACCCCUCUCCCACCUCUCCACUAGGAGACUAAGCAGUGGGACCAGACCCAAUACAGCCGGACCCCUCCACUUCCACCUGGCCUGGUACAGGGGCACCACACACACCCCUCUGGACCCCUCUGUAAACAGAUCCCUGUCAGCCCCAUCCAACAAGUCCCGCAAUACACAGCCAGAACUGAAACCAGAACUGGUGGAGUACCAGAACUACAACAACAGACAGAACCAACUGUCUUCUUCUCCCAGGCCCUGGUCUGCCUUCCAGACCCCACAGGGUUUGGGCCACAGAGUGACAUCAGAAACCUGAUCUCAGAACUCAAACCCAGUCCUGCUUCAGCACCGGGCUUUCGUUCCAUAGACAGGACCCAAGUGCUGCAUAGGGCAGGCUGGUGCCACCUACCAGGCAGGUACUUGCUGGAGGAACGGACAGUAACCGCUUUGAACAGAGAGAUUGGAUCCCCUUUGCACACACAGAGAUGCACACUGCUGGUCAGACAGACAGGCCAGGGACAGAGAGGAGAACAGAGCUGGAGAGACAGAGUGUCUUAUUCCGCCAGGAGGCACUAGAGAGAAGAGAAAGAUCGAGAGAAGACUACUCUCAUGGUGACCACUGAACUGUUUGUGUUUAUUCUUUUACCACUUUUGAUACCAAUCAGCUGUUUUUCUUUUUUCCAUAUACAUUUAAAUAUAAUUGUUGCAUGUUUACUUGGGGUGAAAUGGCCCCUAUUUUGUACAGAAACUAAAUUAUUUGACUUCAUGUUGUCAAAUGAAUCGAUCCUUUUUAGUUUUCUGUAGGGUUGCAUCUAAAUAUUGUUUAAAUGUUUUGUAAGAUGGUUAAGCUCCUCAUCCUGGUGCGCAACAACGUUGACCUUUUAUCUCAGAAGGCAGUACUUAUAGUAUUUCUAGUCAAGUGGGUGACUAUUUGUUUCAAGUGUAUUAGUCUAAAAAUAAA